GUCAACUGCAAACAGUUUUUAUUAAUGUUUUUUACUUGUUCGUAGUUGCAUGGACUAAAUGCAAUGUUGAUUAUAAGAACAAUUAGGAAAUUUAGUUAUUUAAUGUCAAAACAAUAGUAAAUAUUUAUGUGAAAGUUGCAGUUAUACAUUUAAAACCAGUGACAUUGCUUUAAGAACAUAACCGAUAAUGGCUGGUAUGAGCGAGUGUUUUGCAAUAGGUAGUACCGUAGCAUGCAAAACAUGUCACGAUCAAGAUAUAGAAGGUGUUGUGUUAGCAUUUGAUCAACAAACAAAAAUGUUAAUCCUCAAAUGCCCUUCGAGCAGUGGGAGGAAUAAUUUAAACGAUGUGUAUAUGGUUAACCUAUCUCUUGUCAAUGACGUUCAAGUUAAGCAAGAAACGAGCUGUGUUCCCGAAGUGCCCCCGUUGCUUAACCUGCAAAGGUUAAACACUCGUGUAAGGAAUCAAAUUGAACAAAAAAGAAGACUAGUUAAUGCCCUUGCUGCAGGAGUAACCGAAGGCCAAAAAUUGUUCAUUGCUAUUUCAAAAACUAUUCAUGAAGUGACUUGGUCAGGACCCAACAUUGUUGUUUAUAAUCAAGUUACAAUUAAUCCACCAUAUAAACCAGAAAAUGUCAUAGGAAAUUCUGAGUCUCGGGAAUAUAUGUAUGUAAAGAAAGUUGUUGAGAAGCACCAUAAGGAUCAAGCCUCUGUUUCAUUGACGCCCGCUACCAAUGCAGCCCAGCAGUAAUUUAAUUU